CUCAGGAACAUGGGGGAGGGAGGAGAGCCGUAGAAAUCGUAGCAGCCCGGAGUUUGAAUGAAGGAGACGGAAAUGUGCGUUUCUGUGAAUAACUAACCGCCCCCACCCCCGGGCAGAAGAGAAGAGAAACUGGACUGGAGCUGAUUCGGUUUGAGGGACACUGCAGGAGAGUAGACAGAACAAAAAGGAAAGAAAACAGAGGACUUUGCUUUUAACAUGGUGUAUUGUUGAAAGGGGUGGAGCUGCUUUAUGGCGUGAAAGAGAAGAGGAUAAAGGAGAUACUGAGCUGAAACCGUGUUGGCUUGGCGGAAAGCAAGGCGAGCAUCUUUAAAAUCUAUUUUUACGCGAGCUCCAUGGUAUCGAAGGCCCUUCGGGUUGGCUGUUUUCCCGGCCGAGCUUCUCCUGAGUGAUGAAUGAAAGUAUUCACACACUCAGCGGGGCUCUCGGCGCACUGGAGGAGCUGCAGACGGGGCUCAUGGGUCUCACACCACCCUCAUCCUCGCACGCUUCGCCUUUUUAAGCAUCGUUUUGGCGUUUUCCUUUAAGCCGAGCUGCCUUUUUGCUGCCACAUAUCACUACGGAUUCACAGUUUGUCCAGAGGAGGAGAAAACAAAACAAACCCGCAGCUCCUGGAUUUCUCUUUGUGCUGCUGUGAGGCCAUCAGAGCUGCUGUCGAAGAAAGGUUAGUCCUCCCUCCCUCUUCUCGUCAGCCUCCAAAAUAGAUUCUCUCAGGAGUAAAGUUGAGCUGCUGAAGCUGCCGCUGACUCUCUCUUCUAAAUCCAUCUCCGAGCGCAAAACUCAACUGGGCGGAGCAACAGAACGUCCCAGGGGUGGAGCUGGGGUCCACAAACCCCGCCCACCGGCCCCAGACAUGGACAACGAGUCACAAUACUCGGGCUAUUCCUACAAAUCCUCCCAUUCCCGAAGCUCUCGCAAGCACAGGGAUCGGAGAGACAGGCAUCGCUCUAAAAGCAGAGACAGCAGAGGGGACAAAUCAGUCACUAUUCAGGCUCCUGGGGAGCCCCUGCUGGACACAGAGUCCACACGCGGAGACGACAGAGAUGAUAACUGGGGUGAAACCACAACAGUGGUGACGGGCACGUCGGAGCAUAGUGUGUCCAAUGAGGACCUGACACGAGCGUCUAAAGAGCUGGAGGACUCCUCUCCUCUGGAGUGCCGACGGUUUGCUGGUCCUAUACUCAGUGGCAUUCUGGGCCUUUUUGCUCUGCUCACACCGCUGGCCUUCCUGCUGCUGCCGCAGCUGCUAUGGCGGGACUCAUUGGAGCCAUGUGGGACGCCUUGCGAAGGCCUCUAUGUCUCUCUGGCCUUCAAGCUCCUGGUCCUGCUCAUCUCGUCGUGGGCGCUGUUCCUGCGGCCACCUCGCGCCACCCUCCCGCGCUUCUUUGUCUUCCGCUGCCUCCUCAUGGCACUUGUGUUCCUCUUUGUGGCCUCCUACUGGCUCUUCUAUGGAGUGCGGGUGCUGGAGCCCAGAGAGAAGGACUACAGAGGAAUUGUGGGAUAUGCAGUUUCUCUGGUCGAUGCCUUGCUGUUCAUUCAGUAUCUGGCCCUGGUACUGCUGGAGGUGAGGCACCUCAGGCCAGCAUUCUGCCUCAAGGUGGUGCGCACCACAGAUGGAGCCAGCCGCUUCUACAACAUAGGACAUCUUAGCAUCCAGCGAGCUGCAGUGUGGGUGUUGGAUCAAUACUACAGUGACUUUCCUGUUUAUAACCCCGCUCUGCUCAACCUCCCCAAGUCCAUCCUCUCCAAAAAGAUGUCUGGCUUCAAGGUCUACUCCCUGGGAGAAGAGAAUAGCACCAACAACUCAACCGGCCAAUCACGGGCAAUGAUUGCAGCUGCAGCUCGCAGACGGGACAAUUCCCAUAAUGAGUACUACUAUGAGGAGGCGGAGAUGGACCGCAGGAUCCGCAAACGCAAGGCCAGACUGGUGGUGGCGGUGGAGGAGGCAUUCACGCACAUCAAGCGUCUUCAGGAAGACGAGCAGGCCACAUCCCCAAAACACCCACGCGAGGUGAUGGACCCACGGGAAGCAGCUCAGGCCAUCUUUGCGCCGAUGGCCCGGGCCAUGCAGAAAUACCUGCGCACCACACGGCAGCAGCCCUACCACAGCAUGGAGAGCAUCAUCGCUCAUCUGCAGUUCUGCAUCACUCACAACAUGACACCCAAGGCGUUCUUGGAGCGGUACCUGACCCCUGGCCCAACCAUGCAGUACCAGAGGGAGAACGGCAGGGGUCGCCAGUGGACCCUGGUGAGCGAGGAGCCUGUGACGUCAGCUCUACGUCAGGGUCUCGUAUUCUCGCUUCGCCGGCUUGAUUUCGCUCUAGUUGUUACAGUUACGGCCCUGCCCUUCCUCAACCUGGGCGAAGAGUUCAUUGACCCCAAGAGUCACAAAUUCGUCAUGAGACUGCAGUCUGAAACGUCAGUGUAGGGAGAGGUGAAAAUGACAUGGAGAAUGGGAGAAAGAGGGGUUGUUGGUGUAGAGCUGGAGAGAGGGAGAGAACCACUUCUUUUUUUUAUUCUAUUUUUUAUCAUUGAGGCUUUCCAUUGGCCUGUUUUUAUACUAAGUGAAUUCCCAAGCCUCAGAGACUGUUUUGAACUGAAUGGUUCUUUAUACAUUUCUGACUGAAAAGACUGUUGGCAUUCCCACCUCUACAUAAUUCCUACAGCUGCAGCCAGGCAUUGCUACACUGUGUGUGCAGUUUGUACCAGUGUCUUCUAGCUCCAGUCCUGUAGGGCCACGUCACUGCUCUGAAACACCUUAUAUGUCUCUAUCUUUUGUUAAACUUUCAGUAAAAGGAAGUGAAACUGUGCAUGCGCAGUGCUAAAGCCCUUUAAGACUACAGUGGAGAAGUGACCGUUCAUGUAAAUCACUUUUACGGAAGAGUUCUUGCCCAGGAAAGAUGUAUUUGGUCAGAGCUGUAACAAUGGUCAAUUUUCUGUAGAAGUUGACCAAAAGACUUCAUGGGAAUGUGACGCUGUUUCUUUGGUGGGGGAGGAAUUUCCUCUUUUAUACAAUGUGACCACUAUAAAGUACAGCAACCGUAAAAACAAAAAGCAAGAGUGACCACCAGCUUGGCAUGGAUAGAUUUAAAGGGGAAUACCACCAGUUUUUCAAAAAUUCUGCAUAAUUUAAUUGAGAUGUAAACCUGGUCAUUCAGAGUGGUCUGAUGUGAGACGGUUCUUAGUAGAGAAAUGUAAAGAUUCAGAUAUUUGUACAGGAGUGUUCAUAGGAACCAGGGAACGCAAUGUUUACAACAUUAAUACAGCCAGUUUAUUCAGUUUUCAAAACCACUGAACAUUUGUUUGAACAUGGGGGAGGUAAAUUCAUAGAAUCAUAAAAGAACCUCUGGGACCAUUAAAUUCUUCAGACGUCUGGUUCCUAUCACCACCAUUCUGAAAAAUUCCGGCUCGCUGCGUUUUCCUAAAACAGAAUAUUUCACAUUAAAGCACUCUGAAUGACUUUGUUUACAUUCUAACCAUCUAAUUAUGACAUUUUUGAAAACUAGAAAUUCUCCUUUAAGAACAUCAUGAGAAAACGGCUACUAACUCAGCAACGUUAACUCAAGGAAUAAUUCAGUUAGCUUUCAGGCAUAUAGUGAAACAAAGUACAUUAUUAAGGCUAAUAUAUAUUAACUUGCAUGCUUAAGUCGUAGGUAUCAUGAUGAGCUUGGGGUGGGCUGCAUUCCAUGCCGAGUAAGAACCAAAAUUGAAUGGACUCAGCCAAGCCGUGCUACAAACUGUCCAUACAGUGCAGUCAUAUGUUAACACUAUCGUCCUAAUAUAAUGGAAAAUCUCUGAUAUGCAACUAAUGGAAUCCACUUGUGAUUCAGGUGACAUAAACACUAACAUUGCUCCACGUUGGCUGUCUGUCUGCAAGUUUCAGGUGACGGCUGUUUCAGAGACCUCAGUACAUACCAUUAGCCUUGUCGACACUACUGGAAUUUUGAGAAAAGAACUGGACCACUACACGUCUCUGCACAGAGAGGUUACUGCUUAUUUACAAUCAGCCUUUCUCUGCAUAUCAUUUCCUCCUAAAUGUAUGUAAAUAGGGACCCAGAUUGCAAGGGCUCAUGUAAAAGCAUAUCCUUUAUUCUUCGUUAAAAGGUUUUGCCUUGAUCUUUUGGAUCUCUCUCUUGAAUGUGUUGAAACGGUUCACCCAAAAAUGACGUUGCUGUUAAAGAAGAAAGUUAGUGAGUCUGUUAGCAUUAUGCAAGUGAGACUGUGCUAACUGGGCUGUAUUAGCUUUUCUUCAUUCAUUCAUUCAUUCAUGAUGUUUCAGGGUGAACUUUGCUGUCUUUGCUGUCUUGUGUCUUGCAAUGUUUUAUUAUAAAAAAUUCAAGAGGCCUUUUUAAUGUUUUUGUUUACAUUGCAUUAAAAAAAAAACAACAAAAUGCUGUCCAUAUACCAGCUAAGGUGCCUGUCCUCCGAAUUUUGCUGUUCAUCAGAAUAAGGCUGUGGGGAAACCAGUUGCCCGUUUUGUUAAAGUGUGAUAUGUGUCAGGAAAAGGAUUCCUAACCAGAAUGGCUUCAUAUUGAAUGUGCCAAAACAUUUCAUUCCAGUCAUAAAGCAGGUCCACUUCCAGACCAAGUUCCCUUCAUGCACUCAUAUUGCGUGUGGUAUGAUAUUUGUCAGUUGUGAUGAGCCUUGGACACCAGGGGGUGUGCUAGCAUUCACUCCUGUAGCACUGGUGGACCUUUGCCUUAGAACAUAUGAGCAUACCGUAGUUCACACCCUGGUCUCCAGCGAGGGGCUUCAGACGCUUCUGAAGUCAUUUUUUGUUUUGGCAGCUUUGAGUCACUGUAGGUUUUUCCUUUUGUACAGAACUCUAAUCCUCAUGUGUGUUUUUUUUUGUUUUUUUUUAAAUCCACAUCCAGACGUCCGACUGAAACGCUAUUCCAUGUAGGUUGUUUUUAAAAUGAACCCGAGAACAACUUUUCUUCCUUAGGCCUAAUGCAUGCACAUAGGUAAUGAAGUUUUGUAAGUUUUGUAUUCUUUGCCUUGUUUUUAUUACAAUCUAUUAAAGUGAAGCUAAGCCUUUUAACCUUUUUUCCCCCCAAAAAAAAAAACUGAAAAAAAAAAAA